AGGCGCUCUGUGAGUAGAGCUGAGCUGUCCUGUGCUAACAGCAGCACUCUGUAGAGCAGACGGUGUUCCUCUGAAUGUGGAUACCUUUUUAUCCUGGAGCCGACAGAGCUAACUUCCUCCUCUCUGGACUUAGGACGGUCGAUCUGAACAACUUCUAGCUUCUACAAUUCUUUAUUCCCUUGGAAGGUUUCUAGCUCUGUGUCCCUCUGCUGUGUUCAGGAUGCUGAGCACUGUGACUCUGCAGCAGAUCCUCUCCAGCCUGUUGGUGCUGGGCAGCGCUGCCCUCAUGACAGUGAGUGUCCCGCUAAGUGCUCCUGCUCCCACUUGCCCCAGCCUUGCCCGGCGGGCGUCAGCUGGGUGAGCGACCGCUGUGGCUGCUGUAAAGUCUGCGCUCGGCAGUUUAAUGAGGACUGCAGUGCCACCCAACCCUGCGAUCACAUCAAGGGGCUGCGCUGCCACCUAGGGGCCAGAGGAGACCCGGAGAGGGGGCUGUGUCGAGGUGAGUGGAGGCACAUGUUAACCCAUAGUGGCAAAAUAGCUGUGUGUACAAGGAGGAAGUUAUAAUGAGACAGCAAAUAUACAUACAGGGCCCCGCCCCCUGUACUUGGACCACGCCCUCAUCCAUAACUCCUGUCCCUUGAACUUGUGGGGGGUCCCAUUGCACCCAGCAGAGGUUUCUGAGGUCUAUAACCAGAAGACAUGAGGAUUUAUUUUAUGAGGUUGUGUACAAACACAUGCUGUCGUUCUAUGAAGUGAAGUGUGUGUGUGUUUGUGUGUGUGUGUGUGUGUGUGUGUGUGUGUGUGUGUGUGUGUGUGUGUGUGUGUGUGUGUGUGUGUGUGUGUGUGUGUGUGUGUGUGUGUGUGUGUGUGUGUGUGUGUGUGUGUGUGUUGUGUGUGUGUUGACAGCGGAGGCCCAGGGUUUACCCUGUGAGUUCGGGGGCCGGGUGUACCAGCAUGGAGAGGACUUCCGGCCCAGCUGCCAGCACCAGUGCACCUGCAUGGACCGGGUGGUGGGCUGCAUGCCCCUCUGCCCCCGCCAGGUGCCGCUGCCUGACUGGCGCUGCACGCGGUCCCUGCUGGCCAAGCCGGAGGGGGGCUGCUGCGAGGAGUGGGUGUGUGAUGACAACAACCACAUCAGUGAGGAGCCAGACGAGCCGACACACACCUCCCUGCCAGACAGCCAGCGGCCCCCCAACCACAUCAGUGCCCUGCUGCAGGCCCCGCUCCAGCCUUGGCACCCAGCUGCCACUGGGGGGGCAACGUUUAGAGAGAUGGUGUCUGUUCCCAUGUCUGAGGUGUUGCUCAAACCCAGCUGCUUCCCACAAACCACAGAGUGGACCGAGUGUUCCACAUCAUGUGGGAUGGGCAUCUCGAGCCGAGUGACCAAUGACAACCGGGACUGUCAGCUGGUGAGGGAGAGCAGGCUAUGUCAGAUCCGCCAAUGUGAGCCUCAGCUUCCUGUGGCUAGCAAGAAGGGGAAGAAGUGUCAGCGAACUAUCCGCCCCCAGGAACCGAUCAGAAUCACCUUCGCCGGAUGCUCCACGAGGCAUCGGUACCGGCCCCGCACCUGUGGGACAUGCAGCGAUGACCAGUGCUGCACCCCCUCCCUCUCCCGCACUGUGCGGCUCCGCUUCCACUGCCCCGAUGGAGAGGGCUUCUACAGAAACGUGAUGUGGAUCCAGCGCUGCAGCUGCAGCCCAAGCUGCGGCUCACACAGCGCCCCCCUCAGCCCGGCAGUCAGCCUCCACAACGACAUCCACACCUUCAGGCGCUGAGAAGCCUGCCCUGGCCUGGCCCGCUGGGCAAAGACAUUCCCUCUACCCAACUCAGCAAUACACUCGCUUGCACUUUAAGCCUCCUGCCACAUGACAUCAGUCCUCACAGUGUGCUGCUGUCAGAGGGCAGAGAGCUUUCACUGAAACUCCUUAACUUAAUGAGAAUGUCCUCUCCACAGAGGGGGAGGGUGUGUACAGACGGAAGGUUUUCCUGACGAGGAUCAGAAAACAUUUAGAACUAUUGAUGUAAAUAUGGACGCGUCUUAAAUAAUAAGGAAGAACUCACUGACGAGAGGCAUAUUCAUCAUCGACUAUAUGUCUAGAUGGCUAUGUGUUCUCUGUGAUACAAUAUGUGUGUGUGUGUGUGUGUGUGUGUGUGUGUGUGUGUGUGUGUGUGUGUGUGUGUGUGUGUGUUCCAUGUGAGAUUGCUGACAGAGAAUGUGCGUAUUAAUCCACUUAUAAGUAUAUAGAUUAAAGCAUGGACUUAACUCUUAUUGUGGAGUGGUAAAUUUCAAGGAUCACCUCAUUUUACGGGGUGUGAUUUUAUUUUGUAUUAUGUACAUAGAAUUCAUUUUUUUAAGUAAUGAAAGGAUGCUAUAUAUUUAAAACUUGUCACUCACGUCCAUUGUCUUUCAACAACUGCACAUCAAAUAAAAACGUAUCAUCCUGAAA